UAAUUAGGUCCAUAGCAGAAAUCAGUGCAUUGUCCUCAAUGUUUUGGACUAUGCUACCUAACUUGAUGCAUUAUUGCUGUGAAAUGAAUUGUCUAUUACUCGUAUUAAAAGUAAAAUUUCUCGAUCAAGCUAGGCACUGCCGUUGUACCUCUUUUUCUCAAUCAAAAAGUAAGAGCUUCUCUAAUGUCUCUAAUGCUCGACAUCCAAAUUUUUUUCCUCGCUGUAAUAUUUACUUGUCUGGUCGCCCUUGUUACCCCCCUUGUUAUAUAUUGGAAGAGGCAUGCUACUAGUACUACAACUGUUCGGCUGCCCCCGGGGCCAUGGAAGGUGCCUCUCAUCGGAAACUUGCAUCAAAUGGCCGCCAGCUCUUUACCCCAUCACUGCAUGACAGACUUGGCCAACAAGUAUGGCCCUAUCAUGCACCUCAAACUGGGACAACUCUCAGCCGUAGUCAUUUCAUCGCCGGAAUUUGUUCAAGAGAUGCUGAAGACGCAUGAUGUUGCUUUCUCACAACGCCCAACGUUUCUUGCUGCUGAAAUUUUGUCCUAUAAUUCAGGGAUCAUCUUUUCUCCUUAUAACGAUUUUUGGAGACAAAUGCGAAAGAUUUGCAUGCUGGAGCUCCUUAGUGCAAAACGCGUGGAGUCAUUUGCAUCAAUAAGACAAGAAGAGGCAUCAAAUCUUGUUGAAUCAAUUUCCUUAUCAGAUGGUCAUCCGUUCAAUCUCAGUGAAAUGAUCUUCUCCCUGCAAAGCGUCAUUAUUGCCCGUGCGGCCUUUGGAAAGAAGUGCAAGUAUCAACAAGAGUUUUUAUCACAGCUCCAGGAUGCAGUUAGGCUUGCAGCAGAAUUUGAUGUGCCGGAUUUGUUCCCUUCACUCAAAUUCCUCCGUUAUGUCAUAAAUUUGAAGCCUGCGGUUGAGAAAGUACACCAGAAAAUGGACAAGAUCCUUGAUGAAAUUAUCAGCGAUCAUAGAGUGAAAAGAAAUGAGGAAUCAGCUGCCGGAGACGACCAUCAGGAAGAUAUAGUUGAUGUGCUACUGCGGCUCCAGGAGUCUGGUGAGCUCCAAUUUGAUCUCACAACCACCCAAAUCAAAGCUGUCACCCUGGACAUGUUUUCUGCUGGAAGUGAGACUUCAGCAACUACUACAGAAUGGGCAAUGGCUGAACUUCUGAGAAGUCCAAGAGCAAUGAAAAAAGCACAGGCCGAGGUACGCCAACUUGUCGGAGGAAAGGGGAAGAUUGAAGAGUCAGACAUUAAGAAACUCGACUACUUAAAUUUGGUCAUAAGGGAAACUCUACGAUUACACCCUCCUCCCUUCAUCCCAAGACAAGCAAGCGAAAAAUGCACUAUUGGCGGGUAUGAUAUACCAACUGAAGCAACAGUCUUCAUCAAUGCUUGGGGAAUUGGGAGAGACCCCAAGUAUUGGGAGAAUGCUGAUUGUUUUCUGCCGGAGAGAUUCCAAGGCUCUUCUGUUGAUUUUCGAGGGACCAACUUUGAAUUGGUUCCAUCUGGGGGUGGCAGGAGAAUGUGUCCAGGCAUAUCAUUUGCAACCGCAAGUAUUGAACUUGCACUUUCUCAUCUGCUCUACCACUUUGACUGGAAACUCCCCAAUGCAAAUGGCAGUAGCAAUGAGACAAAGUUAUUAGAAGAGCUUGAUAUGACUGAAUGUAAGGGAUUGAAUGUUAGGAAGAAGAAUAACUUGUAUCUUAUCGCCAUUCCAUUCAUUUCGUCCUCAGAAAUGAAUUGAAAUGCAUGCGUUGUUGGAAAUAGCUAGCAAACACAAACCAUAAUUAAGUCUUAACAAAUGUUUGCGUUUUCAUGUCGCAUGGUGUUGUCCAGAAGAACAGUUAAUGAAAUUGGCUUCAAUGAUAUUCAUGUUACAAA